AACCUAAUAAUCGUCUUUAAUAUCUAUUCAUUAUGUAAAUUGAUGAAAUGGGUUUUCAUAAAGUAUCAUUUUUUAUGAGAUUCCGAGCUUAAAUUCUAUGAGAAAUGAAAUUUUAUUUGACUUAAUUUGAUUUGAUAGACUGAACUCUUUUAGUUUAGCAAUUUUAGGUCUAUUUCUGUUGAGAAGCUAUUGAUAUGCAUAACUUGCAAGCUAUACCUAGGCAGAGUCAGGCCGGCGAUUUGACUAUGUUAUAACGUUCACAGCCUAUUCGCACGUCUCUUUGUUUUACUUCAGUACCAGUAACUUGCCAGUAUUGAGACUAAGCUAAGUCAAGGCUUUUAGAGGGCUCGUCUUUUUUGUAAUGCUGUGGUGUGAUGAAGUUUGCCAUUAGGUCGUCUUAAUUAGUAUGAGUGUCAAUUGCACGCUGUAAAAAGAUACUGAAAAUUUGAAUGAACGGAAAACUGGGGAAUAGGACACAGUUAUGAAAUGAGCCUAAUAAUUUUAAUUAGGAAACUACUAGAAGGUGUCGGAUUAGUCAGAAACAUUAAGAGAAAUUGUCAACUUGUAGAAACCAUGAGUAACUGCCACAUCCUUCAAAAUUUGGACCAUGGAAUGUUCUAGUAAGUAAGGGACGUCACAGGCCAUCUCCUGCUACAUAUUAUAUCUUGUAAACUGAAUAUUUGACACUGUAUUGAUCAAUAUUUAGUUGUGAACUUGCAAGUAAACUGAAUAUUUGACAUGGUAUUGAAAAAACGAUAUUCAUAUUAUAUUUAGUAACAUAUAUGUAAUGAGUAAACUAAAAUUGUGAAGCAAAAGACCAGGUAUUUAACUAUUUAUAAAUAUUUAUUUGUGAACUUGCAUCCGAAACAAAAGACCAGCAAUGGGGAUGAUUGACCUGAAAAAAAAAACGAACACGCCCAUACAGCUCACCAAUUGAACUAUUCAAUCUUGCAUAUUUUUUUUCUUUUCUUUUUCUGAUCAGAGAAUUGAUAAGUUUAUUAAGGAGAUUGAAGUACAUAACAAAACUAGACCUCUCCGAGUAAAAUCAGAAAAAAAAACAUAACAAAACUAGUCAAAACUGUAUAAGAUAAGCCCAAUUCUCUUGUCUAGUUUCAAGUCCGACUUUUCUUCUUUGUUGAGUUUGUGAAUUGAUUGAAGUUGUGCCAUUACGAUGACUGGGGCAGCAGUAGGAAUAGAUUUAGGGACAACAUAUUCAUGUGUAGCAGUAUGGGAAAACGGUCGUGUUGAGAUUAUUGCCAAUGAUCAAGGAAAUCGCACUACUCCUUCGUAUGUUGCUUUUACUGAUUCUGAUUGUUUUGUUGGAGAUGCUGCUAAAAAUCAAGAUGACAUGAAUCCUACCAACUCCAUUUUCGGUGUGAAACGUAUAAUUGGUAGGAAAAUGGAUGAUACCCAUGUUCAGAGUGAUAUGAAGCUGUGGCCCUUUAAUGUCAUUCCUGGCCACAAUAAGAAACCCAUGAUUCAAGUCAAAUAUAAGGGCAAGGAUACAGAGUUUUCAGCUGAGCAAAUUUCAGGCAUGGUUCUCACUAAGAUGGUGCAAACUGCUGAAGCUUAUAUUGGUUCAAGUGUUAAGAAAGCUGUUGUUACAGUCCCUGCUUACUUUAAUAAUUCUCAACGUCAAGCUACUAUGGAUGCUGGUAAAAUUGCUGGCCUUGAUGAAAUGCGUAUCAUCAAUGAACCAACCGCAGCUGGACUUGCUUAUGGUCUUCAUAUAAAGGCAACCAGUUUUGGUAUGAAGAACGUCCUUAUCUUUGAUCUUGGUGGUGGUACUUUUGAUGUUUCAUUAAUCACCAUUGACGAUCAUCUCUUAAAUGUCAAGGCUACAGCAGGAGAUACCCAUCUCGGGGGAGAUGAUUUCGAUAACAGGAUGAUGAAUCACUGUAUCCAAGAGUUUAAGAAAAUUCACAAGAGAGACAUUAGUGGAGACCCAAAGGCUCUUAGGAGGUUGAGAACAGCAUGUGAGAGAGCAAAGAGGGUCCUCACGAACACCGUCCACACAACCAUUGGCAUUGAUUCCUUGCAUAAAGGGAUUGAUUUUCUAACAGUCAUCACUCGUGCCAGAUUUGAGGAGUUGAACAUGGAUUUGUUUGAAAAAUGCCUGGAAACUGUGAAGAAGUGUUUGACGGGUGCUAAGAUGAACAAGAGCAGUGUUCACAAAAUUUUGCUAGUUGGAGGUUCUACAAGAAUUCCAAAGAUUCAGUCUCUAUUGCAGGAAUUCUUUGAUGGGAAGAAACUCUGCAAGAGCAUCAACCCUGAUGAGGCUGUGGCUUAUGGUGCUGCAGUGCAAGCUGCUAUUUUGAUUGGCGUGGGAGAUGUGAGGGUGCAGGACUUGGUGUUGGUAGAUGUGACACCUCUUUCUCUUGGUGUUCAGACACUUGGGGGUGCUAUGAAUGUGUUGAUCCCAAGGAACACAACCAUUCCCACCAGUAGGAAAAAUGUAUAUACGACCAACGUGGACAAUCAGUCAAGUGUUAAGAUUCAGGUGUAUGAGGGUGAGAGAGCUAGAACCCUUGACAAUAACUUGUUGGGUGAGUUUGUGUUAGAUGGAAUUCCACCAGCACCUCGUGGUGUUCCUAAUUUGACAGUAAGCUUUGAUAUGGAUGCAGACGGUAUAUUGAAUGUGUUAGCCGAGGACAAGACAACAAGGAACACAAAUAAGAUCACAAUUACAAACAACAAGGGGAGAUUGUCAACGUAUGAGAUUCAGAGAUUGGUCCAAGAAGCAGAGAUAUACAAAUCAGAAGAUGAGAAACACAGCAAGAAGAUGUUGGCUAGGAACUCCUUUGAGAAUUACACAUACAACAAGAAGAGCACGGUUAGAAAUGGAUGUAGGCUACCGCUGAAUGAAAUCAAAAAGAUUGAGGAUGCAGUCGAAAUUGCCUUUGGGUCGACUAGUGGUUCCAGUGAAGAUAGAGUUGAAGGAAUCGAAUUCCAGGGCAACUUCAAGAUCCCGAAAGACUAUGCAAAUUUGUAUAAGAAGAUCUCUGACGAGUAUGGGCAUAUGGCAACUAAAAAAGUCAUAUCCAAUGAGGCUAUGUUGCUUUCAUGUGUUACCAGUUUACUGGAGAUCAUCUCAAAAAUGGAAACUAUGCGUGGUACGGAACUGAGUGUAGGUUUGCUGGAGAAAUGGGAAAGACUCAUCACAGAUGCCGAGAUCUUGAAGUUCAAUAUUAAAUGGUUACGUGAAGGAUUCAAUCGACUUCAGAACUGUUGGAAGUCUUCAUUCAAGAUAGAUACAGAAGUUGAAAUUGAUAAACAAGUAUUGGAUGGAAUGCAGGUGAAAUAUGCUGGCCUUUGUUCUAGAAAAGACAAACUUAAUACUGAACUCUCAGAGGUAGAAUCUCAGAUACGGAAAGCCGAAGCGAUGAUUUCAUCCAAGGGAGAAGCUAUUCAAGGAAAGCUCAGUCAGAAAAACAAAUUUGAGUGUGAACCUGUGCUGGGCAUAGUGCUUGGACUGAAUUUGUAUAUUGCAAUACCAGAGACUUGUGGCCUGUAGAAUGAGGCAUCAUAUGUUCGAUAUUUUGGGUUACUGAUGUUCAGUUGCUAUCUAAAAGUUUUUCAGUCUUGUAAA